UUGCAGGUGAUGAUGAUUGUAUUAACCAUAUUUUGGUUAUUAUUACCUAUUCUAGCAACUAGCCUGCGAUGUAUAAAUGGUGGUGAAUGGGUUGCACAUGACUGCACCAUGGAUGCGCAAUGCGAACCGUACAAAAUCAAGCCAACUGAUCGUGUUGCAUGUAUUGGCUCGGAAUGCUGCACAAUGCCAUGUUCAAAUAAUGGUACCUCUACAGGGAAAAGAUGCGGAACAUCAUAUGAUUGCUUACCGUCAGCAGAAAAAGUUGCAUGUCUUUCAGGAGUGUGUUGCACUGUGCCUCAGCAAUGUCCAUAUAACGGUGAAGUAAUUGGCCUGGAAUGUAAUACCUCACAAUCGUGUCAAUACUUGGCUCCUGGAACUCCGGUAUUGUGUAUACAACAUGUAUGUUGUGCCUAUGCUGCUAAUUAUUUUUCUGUUCAUUUCGCCUAAAAUUCCGAAUGACAAUAAAUCUUUUUUUGUGAUAUUCC